UGGAGACCGAAUAAACGCCGAGGGGCGAUCAACGUUGUACGAUUGAUGAGGAAGCCGAUGUCGAGGAUAUCGCGAGUUAACGUGCUCGCGUUAACUGUUGUGAUUCAAUAAGUUUUUAUUUUUUGUGAAAAUUCAGCUACUCGACCAGUGAUUUCUGUGGCUUUCGGAUUAUUCUUCAUUGUUUCGUUCAUUAUAUAGCGGGAAAGAAGAGGGACUACCGGCUUCAAGAUGAUGAAAACAAAGCAUCAGGGCCUAGUGGCCGAUCUCAUGCCCAACAUAAGGUUGAUGCAGAUCAGUGGGCACUUUAUGUUCAAUUAUUAUGGGGAGGGAAAGAAGCUCAUGCACAAAGUCUACUGCAGUGUCCACCUAUUCCUCAUCGUCCUUCAAUUCGCACUCUGCGGAAUUAAUCUGGCAAUGGAGAGUGGUGAUGUUGAUGAUCUAACCGCGAAUACCAUCACGGUCCUCUUCUUCUUGCACUCGGUCGUCAAAGUCAUUUACUUUGCUGUGCGAAGUAAACUUUUCUACCGCACAUUAGCCAUUUGGAAUAAUCCAAACAGUCAUCCAUUAUUCGCUGAGAGUAAUGCGAGAUAUCACUCCAUUGCACUCACCAAAAUGCGUAGGCUAUUAUUCUGCGUUGGUGCUGCUACUGUGUUGUCUGUCGUAUGCUGGACGGGUAUCACAUUCUUCGAGGAUCCACACAAAGCCAUUACGGAUCCUAUCACCAAUGAAACACGUAUUGUUGAGAUCCCGAGGCUAAUGGUGAGAUCGUUCUAUCCGUUCGAUGCUCGCCACGGUAUGGCCCACAUUGCAAUGCUGAUAUUCCAAUUCUAUUGGCUCCUCAUUACCAUGGUAGAUGCCAAUUCCUUGGACGUUCUCUUCUGCUCGUGGUUAUUGUUCGCUUGUGAACAACUCCAGCAUCUCAAGGCCAUCAUGAAGCCCUUGAUGGAACUCAGCGCAACACUGGAUACUGUUGUGCCGAAUAGUAGUGAACUGUUCAAGGCCGGAAGCGCUGAUCAUCUGCGAGAAACCAACGGCACCCAGCCAUCAGCAACCCCUCAACAAGGCGACAACAUGCUUGACUUGGAUCUCCGAGGGAUUUACAGUAAUCGCCAGGAUUUCACCGCGACAUUUAGGCAAGCGGCGGGAAUGCAGUUCAACGGUGGCGUUGGACCCAAUGGGUUGACGAAGAAGCAAGAGAUGCUGGUGCGGAGUGCCAUCAAAUACUGGGUUGAGCGCCACAAGCACGUUGUGAGACUGGUGACCGCUAUUGGAGAUGCUUAUGGAGUUGCCCUUCUGUUCCACAUGCUGAUUACCACAAUUACCCUGACCCUACUCGCAUAUCAAGCAACUAAGGUCAAUGGCGUAAAUGUUUACGCUGCAACAACGAUUGGAUAUUUGCUUUAUUCUCUGGGUCAGGUCUUCUUGUUCUGCAUAUUUGGGAAUCGUUUGAUUGAAGAGAGCUCAUCUGUGAUGGAGGCAGCCUACUCCUGUCAUUGGUACGACGGCUCCGAGGAGGCCAAGACGUUCGUGCAGAUUGUGUGUCAGCAAUGUCAAAAAGCCAUGUCCAUAUCGGGGGCCAAGUUUUUCACCGUAUCUUUAGAUCUCUUCGCCUCGGUUCUCGGUGCUGUUGUAACGUACUUUAUGGUGCUCGUACAGCUGAAGUAAAUUAUCGAUAGUGUGAAGGGUCAUUGGAAGGGUUUUAAUCCGGAAAUCAAUACAGGAAGAACUAAGAGAGGAGAUAGACAAAUAUCUGAGACAACUCAACAAUCUUCAGGGACAAUUUUAUCAUUAUGCCUUCGAUCCCUAUUAUACUGGAUAAUUUUUCUAAAUAUCCGUCCAAAAUUUUCACCGUCAUCUGCAGUUUGAUUACGUUAUUGAUUCUCGGGGUGAGAGGAAAGGAAAAAGUAACCGAGAAAUAUUGCAGAGUUUAUUCCGUCUUCUUUUCUCAUUUAUAUUUAACUUUGUAAUGAGCGGAAGCAGAUUCAAGGGGUUGAAAGGAGCGACAAGUGGUGCGAAAGAGAGGAGAAAUCUUUUUACUAGGGAUCACGGUUAUUUGAAAUUAAAAUAUUAAGAAGCACAGAGUUUACUUCUGUAUACAACCAGCACAUUUGAGAUUUUUGAGGGGAAAAUAUUACGCUAUUUAUAUUACGAAUAAUUUCAUAAAUUUCAUUAACUUAAUAAAACAGAGCGCAAGUUUUGUAAAUUUUCAUAGUACCUUAAACCGUAAACUACCCCUACAAUAUUCAAGAAAUAAAAACGUGGCCUUCGAAUUGACAUAACUACAUAUACCGACGAAAAACUUGCGUUCUCCUUUUAACUCUGUAGUGUGGUUUAUUUAUUUAUCGUUUCAGAGAAUAUUUGUGAGUGUAAAUAAAUAUAAUUAUUGAAUAUUUAAAAGAUGAAACAUUCAGAUACGGUGAGGAUGACUAUGUACAAGCAAAAAAAAAGCUGGAGCUAGAGCUCCACACAGUUAAGUUGUAAUAUACGAAAAACCACGAGUUACUUAAUCUCCUGUUAUAAUUGUGAUUUAUGAAAAACAAAUUCACCGAAUACUUUUAUUUAAUGUUCUGUUUGUUUAUUCUUGUAAUUAAAUAAUAAAGGAUUUUUUAAAAUAAAA